CAGGUUUCAUCAGCUGCCCGAAUUUGAUCAAGGGAAAAGAAGCUGCCGUAGACGCCUGGCGGGUCAUAAUGAGCGUCGCAGAAAGCCACCUGCUGGAUCUCUAUUGUCCUCGCGCUAUGGGAGCCUUGGUCCAUCUAUCUUUGGUUAAACAUCAUGAACAGACUUCCUUUGAAGUUCCUUUUCAUUUCUUAGAAUUGUUGCAAAUAUUAGUCUUUUUGUAUUUCACUAUGCUUUCUGCUGAAACUGAGUUGAGAUUUUGGCACCCAUCAUGACAGCGACAGGUAACAACAGCAGAGCUGGAGGCUUUCUGAUGGAUUUCACUUCAUAUCCAAAGCUUACUUGGAGGAUUCCAUGGCCAGAUACAAAAGGAACCGACCGUAUUUCUGGAAAUCAACUCACUGCCACUGGGAAGAUUCUCCCAUUUAUGUGGCAGAGCAACUCAGAAAAUCCUCCACCUGACCUUCUGCAAGGAUCUUCCAGUAGGACCGGUGAUCCGUUUACCCAUAUUCCAUCUGGAGAAUGUUUUGUCGGAGUAUCAAACUCCAGCUGUGCUCUCUCUCUUCUGUCAAAUCAACCCUGGGGCUCAAGAAACCAGCCCUUCAAUCUUGGGGUGCAUAACUUACUGAAUACCGAUGGUACACCUAUGGUCCAAGCAGCAGGUACCAAUGGUGAAGCCAUCAGUCAGUUUUCAAGCAACUCAUGGGGUUUGAAGUGUAAUGAAACUGGUAGCAGUUCCCAUGAGAUGCCUCCUGAUCUGGGUCUCACUCAAAUUUCACACCCUGCUAACAGUCAGUAUCAUGGGGAGUUCGAGCUGGCUCAGCAGGGCGGAAGACAGUACCUCCUGGAAGCUGAGCAUUCCAGGGCUUAUGACUCUUGCAUUCAGAAUAUGCACUGGUCACUUUGAAUGUCUCCUAUUUUCGCUCGCCUUAUGGUCCCAUGACCUCGCUUAACAAGUACUUAGUACGAUGUCUGCUUAGCAGCUACUUGACUACUUCUGUCCUCUAUUGGGAUAAACUUAAGACGACUUGAUCUAUGUUUUGUGUUGAACUAAUGAACCAGGGCAUUAGCCUUGUUUCUAGAUAAUAAUUGUUUGGCUACUGUCUGUUUUACAUGACUUCUCUUUGGAAAUGUUAUUUCAAGCAGACUCAGUUACGAUGAUAUCAAGAACUCUCUGGCCUUGCCAAUUGAGAUUUGUUAUUGGAAAUUGAUGAUACCCUAAAUAUUAUUAAGGUUGAGUUUGGGUAUUGAGCUCGGGACGUCCAGUCAUUCAAC